AUGCAGUCCAGUAAUGAGUUAAUUGAGAUCAAGGAUAAGUUGUGGAAUGGAUCAAUUAAUGUUAGGAUUUUAAUGGGGGAUGACAACAUCAAAGAUCCUAAGGAGUUCCUAAUUACGGUAUACCGCAAUUCGUAUUUCCCCAUAUAUUUUCCUUCGGUUAUAACUUAUUUUCAAAAGUAUAAUGAGAAAAUCAAGUAUAUGCCAGUAUGGUUAGAAUAUGAAACAGUGCCGAUAAAAUGGAAUUUGCCAAUUGGUGUUUUAUAUGAUCUUUUGCAUUUGUCUAGUAUCGUACAAAACCGUGAGGACAGUUCGUGGACACUUACGUUAAGGUUUUCAGAUGACUAUCCUACGGAUCAGGUAAUUCCUUUUACAUACACCGAUGUUGAUAAUUCAGUCAAUUAUAACAAACUGCUUAAGGAAGUUGUAGUCAAUCAGUUGAAACAAUCAUGCUUUGUAAUAAAUGGUAACUCUAAACCGAUAAUGAAUUUGAGUGAAAAAGAUUCAGACGAAUUAUGGAAUUCCAUCAGAAUACACAAUUUGAAGUCAUUUAAUCAAAUAAAUAAGAAAAUCAUUCCCAUACAGAAGAAAUUUCAGAAGUUACCUGUUAAAAUAUAUAUUCCUGGGUCUGCAACAAUAAUUCAUGCUCCGAUAUAUCCAUACAGUGAUUCAGGCGAAGCUGUUCUCCUCAGGGAUAUAUUAGAAGAGUAUUUACCUGAUCUUAUGAGUAGUAACAAUGAAACAUUAGGCUCAAUUUACAUACAUGGUAUCAAUGUGGAAACUAUAAUAAAUAAAGACAUAAUUGAUGUUUGGGAAUUGUUUAAGCAUUUGGAUAACUUUUUAUACAUUAUUGUUCUAUUUAGCACUUAUUCAACUAUAUAG